AUGCCUUUGCUGUUCAUCUUCAAGUCUGAUCAAGACUGCCUGCAUUCAUUACUUGAGCGGCAACGCACACAGGAAGUGUUGCACAUUGCUCCUACAGCAUGCAGCAAGAGCGAAAGCUCUGAGAAGGGCUCACACAGCAGACCAGAAUCGGUGGAGGCUAGCCCUGUGGUGGUGGAAAAGUCCAGCUACCCACACCAGAUCUACAGCAGCUCUCAGCAUUCCCACAGUUACAUUGGCCUGCCUUACGCUGACCAUAACUAUGGGGCACGGCCCCCACCCACUCCACCGGCCUCCCCUCCCCCCUCCAUGUUGAUCCGACAAGGAGAGGGGGGGUUGUUUGUUCCAGGGGGCCAGGACGAAGCAUCCAGGGGCACCACGCUCAGCACCUCAGAGGAUGGCAGCUACGGGGCUGACAUCACCCGCUGCAUCUGUGGCUUCACCCACGAUGAUGGCUACAUGAUCUGCUGUGACAAGUGCAGUGCAUGGCAGCAUAUAGACUGCAUGGGCAUCGACAGGCAGAACAUUCCUGAGACCUACCUGUGUGAACGCUGCCAACCACGACACCUGGACAGAGAGAGGGCCAUCCUGCUGCAGACCAGGAAACGGGAAUGUUUGUCUGAUGGGGACACCAGUGCUACAGAGAGUGGAGAUGAAGUUCCCCUAGAGCUCUACUCCACCUUCCAACACACACCUACCAGCAUCACUCUCACCACUGGGCGCCUUGGCAAUAGGCAGCCUGAUAAAAAACGCAAAAAGAGUGGUGACAAAGAGCCUCCAGCUUCCUCUGCCCGAGCUAAAAAGGCCUUCCGAGAAGGAUCCAGAAAGUCCUCCAGAGUAAAGGGUGCAGCUCCAGAGCAGGAGCCGACCGAGCACCCGUCUCUGUGGGAGAACAAGAUCAAAACGUGGAUGGAGCGCUACGAGGAGGCCAGCAGCAAUCAGUACAGUGAGGACGUCCAGGACCUGCUGCGUGUUAAAGAGCAAGGCGACGGCAAGAGCCUGGCAUACAACACGCACCCUGCCUCUUUCAAACCGCCUGUGGAGAGUCAAAUUCAGAAAAACAAGAAAAUCCUCAAGGCGGUGCGAGACUUGGCCCCAGACUCCCUCAUCAUCGAGUACAGGGGGAAGUUCAUGCUUCGACAGCAGUUUGAGGCCAACGGAUACUUCUUCAAGAGGCCAUACCCCUUUGUUUUGUUUUAUUCAAAAUUUGAUGGACUGGAGAUGUGUGUGGACGCUCGCAGCUUCGGCAAUGAGGCACGCUUCAUCCGUCGCUCCUGCACCCCCAAUUCUGAAGUGCGGCACGUCAUUGAGGAUGGGAUGCUGCAUCUGUACAUCUACUCAUUGAGGCCUAUCAUCAAAGGCACAGAGAUCACCAUUGGUUUUGAUUACGACUAUUGCAACUGUAAAUACAAGGUAGACUGUGCCUGUGUGAAGGGGAACCAGGAGUGCCCGGUGCUCAAGCACAACCUCGAGCCCACAGAGAACCUGGGCUCUGGAGGCCGGCGCCGAGGGAGUCGCAAGGACAGAGAGACGGUCCGGGACGACCUGGGCCAGAACCAGAACAUGGGUUUGGACGGCGAGGGGAAGAGCAAGAGCGUAUGUGACGGCAAACAAAGGAAACUCUCUCCUCUCCGCCUCUCCAUCUCCAACAACCAGGAUCCUGAGUUAUAUGAGGAUCUAGAAGACAAAACCUCCGUUAGCAAUGAAGUAGAGAUGGAAUCAGAGGAGCAGAUUGCAGACAGGAGGAGGAAAAUGGCCAACCCAGCGGAGCAGUCCCAUCUCCCUGUCGGGGCGGCUGCCAGCUGGAUAGGACUGAAACACAAGGAGACGCGAGAAGAGAGGAAGAUGGAGGCCAUCCUGCAAGCCUUUGCGCGAAUGGAGAAGAGGGAGAAACGCAGAGAGCAGGCCCUGGAGAGAAUCGGCACGGUCAAGCCGGAGCUCGGGGGUCGCAGUGACAUCAAGGAGGAGCCUCCAGCCACACCGGAGAUGGCAGAUUCUCCAGCUUUCAUGCAGCCACUUCUGGAGGUCAAGGAGGAGCCAGGGUUAAAGCCAGCCAAGGUCAAAAGCUCGAGGAACAGGAAAAGUUUUUCAAGGAACCGAACACACAUUGGCCAGCAGCGCCGGCGAACUCGCACCAUCAGCACCUGUUCGGACUUGGCACCUGGCUCUCCAACCGAGUCUUUGGAGCCUAUGUCCAACGAAGGCAUGGAAGGAGAGAUGCCCUCUGCACCGGAGCCAGAGUCCCUUCCAGCCGAAGCACCGGACAGCAGCCCUCCACACAGCAGCUCACCUGCACCCGACAGACACCGCAUGGGGGGCAAGAACUUCAAAUCUAAGAAGCACUUUGUAAGUGAGUGGGUGGGAGAGAAGCAGCAGGAGUGUGGGGCACGAACCCCAGAGCCGGCCCCUGAGAGGCCGCUGAGAAUAAGCAGCGACCCUGAAGUACUCGCCACGCAGCUCAACGCCCUGCCAGGCAUGGCAUGCUCUCCGCAGGUCUACAGCACGCCCAAACACUACGUCCGCUUCUCGUCCCCGUUCCUGGCCAACCGCAGCCCCACCACUCCCGGAGUCCCAACUGGGAGACGGCGUUCCAGGGAACUGCCUGAAACACCGCCAACCACUGGCUCCUGCAAGAAGCGAUGGUUGAAGCAGGCUCUGGAGGAGGAGGGCUCCCCCAGCCCGGCCAGAGGGCCCAGUCUCCUCAUGCCCUGUGAGGGUCCUCUCAGCCCCUCCAUUAACGGAGACUCUGACAGUCCCCUACCUUACAAUGGCACCUGCUUACUACCGGAGUUGCCGACUCCUUUGAAAAAGCGGCGGUUGAGUCCGUUAGAUGCCUGCAUGUCGGAGAGCUCGACUCCCUACGGCUCCCCUUGUGCCACGCCCACCAGGGCAGAACAACUGGAGGCACCCGUCACCCCCAUCUUACUGGCUACCCCACCACGUCCCCGAACAGAGGAGCCGAGUACAGAACCCCUGCCCAGUACCCCAACACAGACAUUUAAUGCUCUUCAGGAGAGUGACUCUUCAGUGGAAAGCUCCCCCGAGGUCAGCCGGAAACCCAGUGUGCAAGAGGCCGAUCGUCCUCCUUCGUUGGUCUCCUCUCCCUCUGCUAGGACUCACAGUACAGACGGACUCCCAGCAGAAACCAAGGUGUCGGUUCCUGAGAGUCCCCAGCCUCCUGCUGCUGAGCCUGUGGACUGUGGAGAGGACAGGGCAGAUGGUGUGGUUGUCGAGGGCAGCAGUGAUGCUUCCUCAUCUGCAGAAACAUGUGCUUCCUCUUCUAUCUUAUGGAUAAAAAGCCCAGAGAGAGUCACGACUGGACCAGCUGGCCUGAACUUCUCUCCAGUCAACUCGAACUUAAGGGACCUCACCCCCUCUCACACCCUGGAGCCUCUGGUGACUCUUUUCAGGCCUGAGGCUGCAGCUGGGGCUGUAGCAGGGCCCGCAGCAGCAGCAGCAGCAGCAGCUGUGUCAUUGGUUGUCUCUCAGACACCCUUCAUUGAGGGCCAGGGGCCGCUCUUUUACCCCUGCAUGGAGGAGGGAAGCGCACUCGGCUUCUCACGCUCACUGAACGGGGACGGCUCUGGUGAGGCGGGGGGGUCAUCACAGAACCCCCCACAGAAGAAAAAGGUUUCCCUGCUGGAAUACAGGAAGCGUCAGCGUGAAGCUCGUCGCAGCGGCUCCAAGACCGAGUGCAGCUCUCCUGUUUCCACCAUGCUACCUUUGACCGUGGAAGCCUUCCCUGUCGCGCAAGAGAUCGCCAGUGAACCUCCUCCCCCCCCACCUGCUCCCACUCCUCCCUGCAACACCCCCCCUGUAAAGGAACCCCAGACAAGUGAGGAGGCAGAGGAAGAGGCACUGGCACCGGGAGAGAAAGGAGAGCAGGAAGGAGGAGAAGGACAGUGGACGUCGUCCACUUCCGUAGAGCAGGCUAGAGAGCGCAGCUACCACCGGGCUCUGCUGCUCAGCAAAGACAAAGACACAGAUGGGGAAACGGAAGGUGGAGAUACACCUGCACUUACAGACUGCCUAUCUCCGACCCUUCAAAAGACCCCCACCCACACACCCUGCUCCCCCGGUCCUCUCGCCCAGCCUCCCAGCCGCACAGUGAAGGAGGAAGACGCCGACAGUCAGCCCCGGACCCCCAAUCCGACCAGCCAGACCCCCAGCAAGCCCGCGGCCCCCAAGCCAGCUCCUGUAACCCCCACCAAGCUGCAUCCGACCCCGCUACCCUCCUCCCCCGUCCACUACCCUGGACCCUCUCUACUUCACUCGCCUCAGCCUCAGGGCUCUCCGUACCGCAGCCAGAGGGCGCUGUUCCCCGCCCAGCCUCAGAGCCAGCCCCCCCCUCAGGCUCAGACUGGCCUCACUCCUUUCCCCCAGUAUAACGCGGAGAGUGCCCCCCCACCGCCUCCCCCUCCUCCACCAGCACCCUCCGCCUCCACGGCAUAUUUCCCCACUCAGAGCCCCUCAGCGGCCGGACCUUUCUCCGUGUUUAAACCUGCCGUCACAGCCCCUUACCCCCCUGGCUCGCAGCCCCUGAUGCAGACUAUCCCCCUCAGCGUGCACUACCAGAGCGCAGCCACCUUAGGAGCUUUUCAACCGGCGUUGAUGCACCCGGGUGCCGCCGCCAACCCCUCAGUGCCCCAAUGCUCGUACCCCCCAGCCCUUCAGCAGACAGGACUGCCUCCACCUCCCCCUCCUCCUCCCCAACAGACUCAACAAGGCCAGGCCCAGGUCCCUGCCUCCCAGAUGCCUUCUGGGACUCGUGGAGCCCCUGCGUCCUCGGCCCCCUUCCACAGCUCGGGGUACCUGAGCACAGGGUGGCACUGA